GCAGCCAUGGAGGGCGCUUCCUUCGGAGCCGGGCGUGCCGGCGGGGCGCUGGACCCCGCCGAGUUCCUCAAGCGGCCCCAGACCGUCCUCCGCCUCAUCUCCGCGAUCUUCUCCAUCAUUGUGUUUGGCUCCAUCAUUAAUGAGGGUUAUGUCAAUAAUGAAAAGUCGCCGAUCCUGAAGUGCGUCUACAAUGGCAACGAAGGGGCCUGUAAUUAUGGCAUCGCCAUUGGCAUCAUUGCGUUCUUGGCCUGCAGCUUCUUCUUGGUGGUGGAUCUCUAUUUCCAGCAGAUCAGCAGCGUGAAGGACCGGAAGCGGGCCGUUCUCUUGGACCUUGGCUUCUCAGGUUUCUGGUCUUUCUUGUGGUUUGUGGCUUUCUGCUUCCUGGCGAACCAGUGGCAACGGACACCACCGAGCAAAGGGGCGACGCAAGGAGGGGACGCUGCCCGGGCAGCCAUUGCCUUCUCUUUCUUCUCCAUCCUCUCCUGGGUUGCCCUGACCGUAAAGGCACUCCAAAGAUACCGCCUGGGGACUGACAUGUCUCUGUUUGCCACGGAUCAGUUUCCAACCGACCCUAAUGUGGGGUACCCUGGAUACCCCACAGGGAGUGGCGUUGAGAGCACAGAAACCUAUCAGAGUCCACCAUUCACCGAGACCCUGGACACCAGUCCAAAAGGCUACCAGGUGCCGGCGUACUGAAGGGUAGAGGCUCCCAGGAAGUCAUACUGAAAACAAGAAUGAAUACACACACACACACACACCCAGGGAAACUGGCCACUGUCUCUUCUGUGGUGCAGUUGAGGUCCACUAGUUGGUUGCAAAUGCAUUCAAAAGUACCAUUUCUUCUCCCUCCUCCCAAAUGUGGCAAGUUAAACGUGCUGAGUUAAACUUACUCUUAGCUAGUUGUGCAGUGAACUCUGUACAGUGAAUUGGUUCUUGUCUUUACUUGUCCAGGGGUAUUUUUUAUAUAUAUAAAACAAAAGCCCAGACACCCCACAGUGUUCUCUCUAAGUGCAAAACUCCAGAAAGGUUGCUACUCCCAUGUCAUGAACUUUGGCCAAUGGGAUGGGUGCUUUGCCAAAACAAAAGCCGGCCACAAGCCAGCUAGCCAGACGAGUGGAUGGCUCACCUUGUGCUUCCAGGGCUGGCUCGGAAUGUGGCUUCCAUAAGCUUUAUUCUCCUGAGAAAUCCACCUUGUUCUGUCCCCGUUUUCUGUUUCUUCCUUAUAGCCCUAGAAAAGGGUGUUCUGAGGAACGUGCCAAAUUUUAAAGCCAAAACCCAGGGCUGCUUUAUUUUCCUCCUGUUGCACACAUACAUAUUUACCAUAAAGGGCCCAGGUUAGCUUUGCAGUGGCUGUUUGUGCUGGUGGGAUUAUCUAGAGUGCUUUGAAGCAGAAAUAGUUCUGUAUCUCUUUAGAGUCAUAGCUGUGUGAAAAAUAUGGCUGGGGGAGUGGGUAAGAGGCCUCUUAGAAGUGCAAAAUGGGGGAUCUGGGUAGAAAAAAACAAGUUAGCAACCAUCACCCCUGGACAUAUACUUGCCUUUUGAGGGGUGUGGCUUGACUCACCAGUUUGGCCACACCUCCAAGGUCAGAAGGCAAAAACAAAGGAGGAUUGUGUGUAUGUCAGGAAACAGGGCAGGGGGAGGGGAGGCACAGGCCAGGGCAAAAUAGAACAGCCGGAGUGGUGGGUAGGAGUGCAGACCUUGCUGCCUAGCUCAUUUCCAAAGAGGAUGGACCGCCUCUUCCACAUGAUGAGGAAUGCCACUCCCUUUCCCAUUUACAGUGCUAAGCCAAUGGCAGUAGUAUGUUUCAGGUGCAUAGCCAUGUUGGUCUGUAGUACAAGAGCAAGAUUCAGGUCCAGUAGGACUAGCUAGAUUUCCAGGGUGUGAGUUUUUGAGAUUCAAAGCUCUCGAAAGCUCAUACUCUGGAAAUCUAGUUGGUCUCUAAGGUACCACUGGACCCACAUUUUGCUCUGGCAGUAGUAUAUUAUUCCUGCUUUUGUUUUAAAGUUGUUGCAUCUACCUUUCAGGCAUAUAGUCAAACAAUAACCCCCAUACUGCUUCCUGUUACUGGAAAGGAAGCUCCAGCAAAACCGAGCAUUUCCCAGUGGUGGCCAACAGAAUUGCCAUGAAAGUUCAGAAACAGACCUGAAGGCUGUUUCGCCGAGGGAAAGACUGUCAUGCUUUAGGGUCAUGUCAAGGUUGGACUUAAACAUGAUUUAUGCUAUAAUAAGGGCUGAUAAAAUAACAAAGGAGCUGUGUGUGUAAGCAAGUUUGAAAAGUGAUUUUCAGCUACAAAUGUAAAUCAUUUCAAACUAAAGUAGAUGUCACCUCUAGUUCCUUUUGGGGGGGAAAUGUGCUCUUAGCUAUGUCAUUGUGGAAAACCGGUACUGAUCCAGUGGCAGACCGAGGGCACGCGUGUCCCCAUCCAUUCCCAGUGCUGCUCUGGAGUCCGGGCUAAAGGGUCUUGGCGAGCCCCCUGGGACAGAGAGGGCUCCCAGGCAGCUGGUCUGCUACUGACCCCUUGUGGCUGCCUUGUGCACGUGCACUUUCACCUCGCCUAGGGCCCCCACCUUUUGGAGCCUGUGGGCACCUUUAGAAUUCUGACACUGUGUGGUGGGCCCAAAUUCAAAAUGGCUGCCGCAAGAGGCAGACACAACAUGACAGGGAACGAAGUUCUGCUUAACUUGAACAGUAUGCUGACUCGCACAAAAGCCCCACUUGGCCCUGCCCACUUUCUAAAGAUGCUUGGCAGGUGCCAGGAAAGGUGUCUAUGGGCAGCAUGCUGCCUGUGAGUGCCACAUUGCAAACCCCUGGCCUAACCAAUGGGCUGUUCUUAAAAGUCUUUGCAUCUCAUUCUCCAGGCACUUGGUUUAUUCUAUUUGCUAACUGUGCUGGCCUAAAUCCACAGGCCUUGCUUAGGCUCCAGACACCUAAGAUAUGCUCGACCUGCUUUUGACUGCACACCCCAUUCGAAUCAGUUCCGUGCAGGUAGACUGCAUCCUCUGCAGAUGCUGGACACGGAUUUAUGCCCUCCAUAGUGAACCCAGCAUAUGAUGCAUGCACACAUACUUGUUUACACAGGCGUAAGCCCUUUCAGGAAAGUGGAGCUCCUCAGCAGGAUGAGGGCAAGUGUGUGUUACUUGCUAAACUGAAGUUGUAAACCUUCCGUUUUGACAGACAGCAGCUAUAAAAAUCUGCUCCCCCAAUAGCUUUUUAACAGGCCCCAAGUAUUAUGUGUCUCCUGGAAUUUAGUAUGUUUAUUCCAAGCACAGAUGGCGCUUUCCCUGUCAAAAGAGGCCUUUAAAUAAUAUGCCUUGGUUGUGUGAUGCAAGUAAAGCAUUUCGAGGGAUGGUUAGAGAGAGCUUCUUCAGCCACAAGUGUUUUAAAUAUUACAGCAGGCUGUGCCCAAGUGAGCCCACAUGCACACACCAAGAAACUCCCAGUCCUGGCUAGGGGACGGUUUUAAUACAGGGUAGCAGCAGCACUGUAGCAAUAUUUUCCCUUAGAGUGAACACUGGCCUCUUAGCAGCACAAAAAAUGUGUUUCAGUAUUAUGGGGUGGGGGAAUCUAUAAUAAAUUUAAAUGUUUCCUUGAAUUGAUUGUACAUGUGAAAUAAAUGUCUGUUCAGUACAGUGUAUUUUUUCUAACUAUAAAGAAAUCCAUUCCAGAAUAUCCUUGUACUAACUGUAAAAAGAAAGGGGGGGGGAGGGAGAUUACGUUUUGUCUAACUGGUAAAAACCUGUCUUGAUCAGUGGUGUUAAUGUGACAUAUAUUACAGUUUU